AUGCCAAAAGUUUAUGGAUGUCAAAAGUCAUACGCCGACGAUAGCACCGGAGCCAGCGUCGCCAAAUACGCAUUCAUUCGUUUGGGAAGCCGCGAUGUCGCCACGCGGCUUCGCCGCACUUUCAGUAGAUAUCUCGUUGCCUCCCUACGCAGCCUAGUGUCGACCACCGUAUUGCAUAAUCCGCUCACCGCAAAUCGCCUCCGCAUCAAGCCAACAGUAGCGGCCUCGUCCCACCGCAACUUGCUGCCUCGUAGGCUCGCCUCAACGCUCGCGGCGUCGCCGCGCCGCAAAUCCCCGCUCGCGGCGUCGACGCACCGCAAAUCCCCGCUCGCAGCGUCGACGCACCGCGAAUCCCCGCUCGCGGCGUCGCCUCGCCGCAAAUCCGGUCGCGGCGUCGCCUCGCCGCAAAUCCGGUCGCAGCGUCGCCUCGCCGCAAAUCCUCUCGCGGCGUCGCCUCGCCGCAAAUCCGCUCGCGGCGUCGCCUCGCCGCGACACGUUGCCUCCUCACGCCACCGCAAUCGCGCUGGCCGCGCCAGACACUGCGGGCCCUCUUGCUCCACCCAAUAUCCCCUUUCCACUGCCCGCUUCCUUUUCCGCCUCCCGAUCUCGCCUUACGCCUCUUGUUCUCCCCUUCGGGCCUCCCGUUCUCCCCUUACCGCCUCCCUGCAUCCCCGUGUCCCCAUAAUCUCCCCAUCCCAACCCCAUUCCACCACAUCCCUACCUGCAUCUUCCCUUCCCUCCCUUCCCUGCCUUCCCUUCCUUACCUUCCUUACCUUCCUUACCUUCCUUACCUUCCUUACCUUCCUUACCUUCCUUACCUUCCUUACCUUCCUUACCUUCCUUACCUUCCUUUUUCUCCCUUCUAUGCCUUCCCUGCCUACCCUCCCUUCACUCCCUUCCCUCGCUUCCCUGCCUUCCCUGCCUUCCCUCCCUUUCAUCCCUUCCCUCCCAUCCUGUUCUCCCCUUCCCGCAUCCCGCCUCCCCAUCUCACAUUCCCGCCUUCCCAUUCCCCUUCUCGCCUCCUCAUUUUCCCUUCCUGCCUUCACCUUCUCCUUCCCGCCUCCCCAUUUUCCCUUUCCUGCCUUCCCUGCCUUCCCUCCCUUCCAUCCCUUCCCUCGCUUCCCUGACUCCAUGCCUUCCCUGCCUUCCAUCGCUUCCCUCCCAUCCCGUUCUUCCCUUCCCGCAUCCCCAUUUUCCCUUUCUGCCUUCCCAUUCCCCUUCCCGCCUCCCCAUCUUCCCUCCCUUCUCUCCGUUCCCUCCCUUCUCUCCCUUCUCUCCGUUCCCUCCCUUCCCUCCCUUCUCUCUGCUCCCUCCCUUUCCCUCCCUUCUCUCCCUUCCCCCCCUUCUCUCCCUUCCCGCCCUUCUCUCCCUUCCCUGCCUUCUCUCCCUUCCCUCCCUUCCCUCUCUUCCCUCCCUUCACUCUCCCUUGUCUCCCUUCCCUCCUUUCUCUUCCUUCCCUCCCUUCCCCCCUUCCCUCCGUUCCCUCGGUUCCCUCCUUUCUCUCCCUUCUCUCCCUUCCCUCCCUUCUCUCCCUUCCCUCCCUUCUCUCCCUUUCCUCCCUUCUCUCUCUUCCCUCCCUUCUCUCCCUUCCCUCCCUUCCCUCCCUUCUCUCCCUUCCCUCCCUUCCCUCCCGCCUCCCCAUCUUCUCAACCCCUCUUCCCUUCCCCUCCUUGCAUCCCCAUCUUCCCGCCCUGCAUACCUCUCUCCCCUUCCUGCAUCCCCAUCUCCCCUCCCUGCAUCCUCUGUAAACCUUUCCCUGCUUCUCCUCACUUCUCCCCCGCCCCCUCCUGCCUCUCAUCAUUUUCUCCCCUGCUUCCCCUCAUUUCCCUUCCUCACUGUGCCCUCCGCAGGCCUCCCUGCUAUACUAUUCCCUCUUGUUACCUUCCCUGCCGUCCCCCCUACGAUGGAAGCGAUCUCAAUGUGCUUUUCCUCACAUGCCCUCCAAAGCCUGCUUCUCCUCACUUCUCCCCCUCAUUCCCCUCACCCUCCCCCCCGACCUGA